AUGCGGAAAGAUUUGGAACAUAACGAAUAUCGUCAGAUGCGACGGAUCGCAUUCCUUGCGGUUGUUGUUUCAACGGCUGCCGUCAUCUCAGCAGUUAUUACUUUACCGAUGCUUUAUGGUUUCAUUCAGAAAUUAGAAAAUCAUUUGUUGCUUGAGACUCAUUUCUGCAAGUCUCGAUCAAGUGAUAUGUGGUCCGAAAUUACAGCACUUCAAAUUGGCAAGAAGCUUUUUAGUCGGAUUAAAAGGGAAUGGUCAUUUGGUAAAUGGAUGUCGUCGGGUAGUUUUUACGGAGAUACUGGUAAUGGUGAUGGUUCCAACAAUGAUGAAAGUAGCAAUAAUUACGGUUCAAUACCAAUAGAUCCGCUGCUAAAUGGUAAUUACUAUGGGCAGUGCUGCACAUGUCACAGGGGUGCUGCAGGACCUCCUGGUCCAGAAGGUGAAAAAGGAAAAAGGGGUAUGGAUGGUUACCCGGGUAGAAACGGAAAACCAGGGAAAGACUCGAAAAUUUCUUCAUUUUUAUUAAACAAGAAUAUGGAAGAGCAAGAACUGUGUAUGGUUUGUCCACCAGGUCCUCGAGGACAUCCUGGUCCUAUAGGACCCAAAGGACCUCCAGGUCCUAAAGGAGGACCUGGCAAUCGCGGAAAUGAUGGCGAAAACGGUGAAGAGGGGUUAGCUGGGCAAGCAGGUCCUAAGGGUCGUCCGGGACAGCCGGGAAAACCAGGUACGCGUGGUGUACCAGGGCGAUUAAUCCAUAUACCAGGACCUCUUGGUCCAGAUGGACCAAGAGGUGAGUUCGGUGAUCUAGGUCCGAAAGGUGUACCUGGUGUUGAUGGCAUCUCCUAUCCAGGUCCACCUGGUGAACCAGGUAAUGAUGGUAAGAAUGGAUUGGAAGGGAAGCAAGGAUUGCGUGGAUUUGCGGGUCCCCCAGGUGAAGAUGGUCAACGAGGCAGUUGUGACCAUUGUCCUGCUCCGCGAUUACCACCAGGAUACUGA